UACGUGAUUUUACAGUGAUAAGUCGAGCUUAUGUCAAUCGGCUCACAAUAAAUUUUAAGUCAAUAUAUUCAUACAUUUGCCUAAAGUAAUGAGCAUCGCUAAACUUCUAUACAGGUUUUCUAUAUAAACUUGUUCAUUAGAUCGUCAAAUAUAUUUUUAAUACGUUGUCCCGUUAGCCGUUACCUUAGCUACUUCGGCUUAUCAAAACUAUUUUGUUUACCAAGAUUUGUAUUUCGUUGUUGUUGUUUAAUGCCAAAGAAAGAAAACGCAUUAGCACUUGUCAAGUAAUCAGGAAUUUUUCGGAUUUUCAACUUGAAAAGCCAAAAAAAAUAAUUUUUUUUUUUAUCACAAAUUUCCCUAUAAUAUUGAAUAAUACCAAUAGCAAAAUGAAUAAAUCGGAAAAACUAACGGUUGCUAAUAAUUCAGACUCAAUUACAUCGCCUCAGACCACUAAUAAUGUUGAGGCACGUGUCUGGCCUAGCACCCGUAUACCUCAAGGUGGUCUCUUUCAUACACCAAAAUAUGAAUAUUCCAAGGAAACAGCAGACUUGAUAAGACUAUUGAUGAAAGAAUCAAAAAUGACUAUGUUGAUGCGUAAACAAAUUGACUAUCAUAUACGUAAUGGUGAGCCGCUACCGAAACCAAAGCCGCCUCGUAUUAAUACAUCAAUGGAUCCGGAUAAGGCAGCCUUGGAGAUUCUAAAAAAGGCUCGAAAUGCUAAACGCAAAUCUCUGGCUGCUAUAAGAGCAAGCGGUGCAUAUGAUUUGCCCCGUUAUCGUCCGAAACCGGACGCUAAAAUGCCAUCGGAGAAAGCGAAGAAAUUGCUGCAAGAAGCCAUGUCCGGUUUGCAUAUAUCCGAAACCUGUUUGAAACCGUUACGUAAACCAAAAUCAAAAACCACUGACAUCACUAAUGAAGACAUUAUUAACGAAUUGUUGGAUCAAAUCAAUGAACGUGCGGAAUGGUUGGCCGAAAUGGAAGAAUUAGGCGAAGGUAAAAGAUAUCGCGAUGAAAUACGUGAACAAAUCGCUGAUCUCUUGCGCCACAUCAAACUAAUCGAAACUAAAGCAAAAUUACAAAAGGAAGGUAUACGUUACGUGGACUAA